CCGCCCCCACCGCCUCCCCCCUCGGCAGACCACCUGGGGGGCUUCUCGCCAGCCACGGGGUCCUUCCUGCCGCCCCCUCCUCCGGAUGAAGCCUUUUCCAACCUCCAGGUCAACUCCGGUGGGAAGACCCUGGAAGAGAGGCGCUCCAGCUUGGAUGCGGAGAUCGACUCCUUGACCAGCAUCCUUGCAGACCUGGAAAGCAGCUCCCCUUACAAGCCAAGGAGCCAACAGACCCAGGCCACCGGCAUUCCUGGCGGAUCUCCGGGGGCCACCCCCACCGUGUCCACUCCGGUCACGGGACACAAGCGCAUGGUCAUCCCCAACCAGCCUCCCUUGACCGCCACCAAAAAGUCGGCCACCCCCAAGCCCGGCAUCCAGCCAAUCCCGGUGACGCCCGUCGGCCCCUUGAAACCUCAGCCUGUCCCGGCAUCCUACACUACGGCCGCCACCCCCACCCGCCCCCCCUUCAACGUGCAGGUGAAAUCCGCUCAUCCUGCCCCCCACUUCCCACCCUCGCCCCCCCAGUAUGGCGGCCUGGCCCCCCAGCCUGCUUCUUCAAUAGGGCCCUAUGCCCCGGCUCAACCUCGGGCGCCCGAUUACGGCUACGUGCCCCCGCCGGUCGGUUACGGCUCCGCGCCCCCACCGAGUCGCCAGCCAGAACCGGCCUAUGCUGGGAGCGCCUCCCUCAGAGGCUGGGAUGGAGCCGAGCCUUCCUAUGGGCCCCCCAGCGCCUGGAAGCCUGAGCCAGCGUACCCUCCAGCUGUGGGGCAGUACCCGUCCUCUGGAGCCAGGAAGAGCCACGGCUUUGAGCCAGCACCAGCCUCUCAGCCGCCUGCUUUGCAACCAAAGAUUGAAAACGCUGGCCCAAGUGCCGGACCUGCGUUUAGACCGGAAGACGAAUUAGAACACUUGACCAAAAAGAUGCUUUAUGACAUGGACAAUCCACCUUCAGAAGAAUACUUUGGCCGCUGCGCCCGCUGUGGGGAGAACGUGGUGGGGGAAGGAACCGGUUGCACCGCGAUGGACCAGGUCUUCCACGUCGACUGCUUCACCUGCAUGAUUUGCCACAACAAGCUCCGGGGACAGCCCUUCUACGCCGUGGAGAAGAAGGCCUAUUGCGAGCCUUGCUACAUUGUGAGUAAGCCCCGUUCUCCUCCUUGCCAGGCACGGCGGGCAUCAGACGGUCUUCAGACGUGUCGGACUUCAGCCGAUGCGUCCGGAGCUCCGCUCUGACGUGUCCGUGUGAAAUUAAUAAUAAUAAUAAUAAUAUAGUUAGAAGGGAACUUGGAGGUCAUCUAGUCCAACCCCCUGCUCAAGCAGGAAAC